AUGUACUGCUGGUCAAGUACGAUCGUUGUUUCGUUACUGCUGCAUUUGCUUGGAAUAAUGUUGAUGCUCACCGAAGGAAGUGAUGAGGAAUACAGGCUACUGCAGGACCUAAGGAAGAACUAUGACCCCCAAGAAAGACCGAUACGAGACCAUCAUGAUCCGAUCGUCGUGAAUUUGCGAGUUAUUUUGCAGCAAUUGGUGGAUGUGGAUGAAAAGAACCAAAUGAUAACAUUGAUGAUAUGGUUACAGCAGACCUGGACCGACUAUAAGAUGAAAUGGGAUCCGGAAGAAUACGGUGGAAUCACGAAUGUCAGAUUUCCAUCUGCAGCCGGCGGACUAUGGAAACCAGAUGUAUUGCUGUUCAAUAGUGCAGACGAUAAGUUCGAUGCAAGCUAUCCAGUGAAUAUUGUUGUGAAACACACUGGCGACAUCCUUUUCGCACCACCGGGAAUUGUGAAGAGCUCUUGCGAAAUCGACAUCACAUGGUUUCCGUUUGACGAACAAAUUUGUUCUCUGAAGGUGCGUGAUAGAAGAGAGUAUCAUGUUCUGAGAUCAUGGAAAAGUAAUAUUAUCAUUGAUAAAUGA